AAGUUGUCAAUGCGUAAUUCACCAAGCCAGUGGCUUGGAUUUCAUCCAGGAGAACAGAUAUUUCGUUUACGGAGAAACAUGAAGGCACAGAUAAUUAUUGCUGUCUUUUUGGGAGCGUCGUUGGCAGCGAUAAAUGAGGAAGGGCAACCUGUCAAACGUCUGAUUAAGUGGGGCGAAUCCGAUCAAGGUUCUUGGCUCGGCGAAGAAGAACUUUUUACACUGAUUAAAAGCGGAAUACAUUUUGUGGAUGUGACGACAAGUAAAUUUCCAGGUGGGAUAAACCGGACAACAAUUGGUGAGCAUGUUAUUCCGGGAAACCUGCGAUUUGAGGAUAUUGUACUAACAGCGAUAGGAAAUAUUGAUAUCGACAGAAUGAUGACAUUUGUCGACCGUUUGGACAACUUUCCUAAUCGAUAUUACAACAAUCAGAAUGGAGUGGAUGCGGCGGAUUGGGUGGAAAGAAUGGUGAAGGUUGCGAUAAUUGAUCCCGGAUAUGAGGGACGAGUGACGGUCACGAAGUUUAAUCACAGCUGCGCACAACACAGUAUCAUUGCAAGGAUCGAAGGUUCCGAUCCCAUUUUGAAGGACGAGUUUGUAGUUUUUGGAGCUCACUUUGACUCGAUAAACAAAGACGAUCCGGUAAACGGAAUAGCGCCUGGAGCAAAUGACAACGCGAGCGGGAGUGUGACUUUAUUUGAAUCUUUAAGAGUGUUAAUAGAGACAGGAUUCGUGCCAAAGAGGUCAAUCGAGUUUCAGUGGUAUUCCGCGGAGGAGGUCGGACUGCGGGGAUCGGGCGACAUCGCGGAGACUUAUUACAACCAGGGCGUAAAGAUUGUCGCAAUGGUGAAUUACGACGAGGUUGGGUUUCGCUCUGGCCCCAACCAGUUCGGACUCUUGACGGACUAUACGUCCCCCAUUUUAACGGCCUUACUUCGCCUCGUAAUCGAAAAGUACUGCUCAAUAUUAUGGAUCAACCAUUUUUGCGGGUAUGCCUGUUCGGAUCAUGCGUCGUUCACCCGCCAUGGUUACCCCACUGCUUGUGCGUCUUCAUACCCACUGAGUCCAGAUAUUCACACUCCGGCAGAUACAGCUGAUAAAAUGAGCUUUGAGCAAGUCGCCGAAUUUGUGAAGCUAACCGUUGGCGUGGCGAUAGAAAUUGGCUAAAUUAUGGAGUAGGCUUAAUUUCUACUAGAUGCAUGUAGCUUCAUAUUCUAUUGCAGAAAUUUUAGGAUAAAUUGUUGGUUAAUAAAUUCGUUGUGGGUCAUUUUAGUGUCCCUAAAAAACAA